AUCUCAUUUGCCAAUUCGCAUCAUACGUGUGGGAUUCCGCCAUGGAUUGCACGGCGGCACCACAGGUCAUUGAGCACCUCAAGGAACCGCUGAACUUCACACCCUUCGACACCAGAUGGGUGCCACAAAGUGCUCGCUUUGUGGUUUUGGGACAGUAUCCAAGGGCUACUGGAUGCAUUUGGGUUUGCCAGCUGAACAAAGGAAAAUGUGAAAAGUUGGCAGAGACCGAACAGCCCAAAGGCUUCAAGUGCGGCACUUUUGGAGCUUCGUCCAUCGAGGACCGGCAUCUUGCCACGGGCGACUAUGUUGGCGGUUUAGCCAUCUGGGACUUAGAAAACAUGAAGAAGCCCAUAUGGAGCGCAAAAGGUCAUGAUCUCAUCGUCAAUGCCAUAGAUGGCUGUGGAGGCCUUGGUGUUGGCAGCGGUGCUCCAGAGCUCGUGACUGGCAGCAGGGAUGGGACGGUCAGAGUGUGGGACCCGCGGACGGAGGAUCCAGUGCUGUCCUUGGAGCCGGUCGAGGGCGAGACGCCGGCGGAUUGUUGGACCGUGGCCUUUGGCAACUCCUACAACGAUGCAGAGCGGUGCAUCGCUGCAGGAUACGACAAUGGGGAUGUGAAGAUUUUUGAUUUGCGAACCAAUACCCUGAGAUGGGACACAAACGUUCGCAACGGUGUAUGCCAUCUGCAGUUUGAUCGCAAAGACAUUCGGAUGAACAAGCUAGGUGUGUCCACGCUGGAGUCGACUCUGGUGGUCUACGACUUGCGCACGUAUCAUCCCACGGAAGGCUAUGCUGGAAGAAAAGAGAAGGUCACCAAAAGUACCCUGUGGGGUGCGCACUUCUUGCCUCAAAACCGGGAAGUGUUUGCUUCGUGCGGCGGCAAUGGAACGAUCACCCUUUUCAAGUAUUCCUAUCCAGAGGAGAGAUCCAUCAAGGACAAGGAGGGCAUUGAGCGUGGAGUUGCUGGGACCGUGGAGAUGCUGAAUCAGAAGGAGCUUUCUACGCAGCCCGUCAUCUCUUUUGAUUGGCACAUGAACAAGACUGGCCUAUGUGUUUUUGCCUGCCUGGAUCAGACUUGCCGUGUUGCAAUUUGUACCAAGCUGCAUCUUUACUGAGAUGACCGGCCUGCGUUGCCGAAUCCCAGCAGUUCAAGAGAGAUGGCAAACUGCACAGGUCACAAUGUGUCAAGAGUGAAGUCAGUGUUUUCAAACCUAUUCAUGAUACAUGCUAGGUUAGCUUACAUGGAUUCCUG